AUGGAGGUGGUGCUGCCGCUGGCGGUGGUGUGCGUGCUGGUGAGCGCAGCACCCAACGCGACGCGAGCGCGCCACCCCGACGAACUUCCCGAGGAGCCGGUCCUGCCUGAUGAUGAUGAGGAACUGCUGCAUAAGCUCGACUACUAUGAUGAGGAACGAAUCAAUAUUUCAGAGAAGGGCAUGUACCUGGGGUCGCCGUGUGAGUUCACCUGCAACCCCAAGCUCAUGCACGUGUACUGCGACCCCACCACGGCCUCCUGCCAGUGUGACCCCAAGCACCCUGUCGCCGUCGGCGUCGCACAGGGAUGCGCUAAAGCUAAGAAAUUGGGUGAACAGUGCUUCUACCGCGAGACGUGUAAGGCAUUCGACAGUCACGCGUCAUGCGUGCAGGUCAACCACAAUGCGUACUGUCAAUGUGACUCUGGCUACCAUCAGACCAGCCACACCAGGCCAACCACCAGGAUAUUUUGCACCGAAGAUCUGGUGUUGCUGACGGCCGACAUGCCGACGCUACUGGGCGUGGCGUCGGGUAUCUUCGUGCUAGCCGGCCUGCUGUGUAUGGUGCUACACCUGUACACCAAGGCGCGGUACCACCCCACGCAUCUGGCCGACGCGAGGCUUACGCCACCUUGUCUGUACUCACUUAACGACACAGGAGGCACGCUGAGCGGCACGCGCGCAUCGUCCCGCGCGUCAUCGCGCAGCGGCUGCACGUCAGGGACGCUGGACGAGCGUGACGGCGCGGGGUCGCGGCGCGCGUCCCGGCGCGCUGGUGUGGCGGUGUCGGCGUCGCGCGCAGGUGCGGCGCGCACCGCGGCCAUCUUGCUAAUCUCGCGCCACCUCAAGGCCGUAAGGCGGGACGGCGGCGCGCACCCGCCUAAGUGCGCCGCCAAAGGUUCGCGACGUCCAAGUCUAACUUCUGUGCAAAGCAGUUCAUCUUCUAUCCGGAGCUACAGUGCGAGACGAUGGGAGAGAGAAAGAGAACAGAAGGAAAGGAGACAGAUGAGCAUGCGUCUCGCUCAGUUGCACGACAAGAUGGCGGCAGGGCGGGAAAUGCCGAAGCAUGCCCCGACCCCGUCUCCUCGGUCGCCCAACAACUCUACAGAUGGACUGCUACCGUCUGUAUGUGAAAUUAGAGAAUUAAUUACAAAUCCCGAACAACAGUUGCAAGGAGUGGACGGGCCGUGUUCCAGCUCCUCGCUUUACUGA